AUGGCCUCAGGCUUGUUUCACCAGAUCCAGUGUCCUAUAUGUUUGAAUGAUUUCACCGAUCCUGUGAGUCUACCAUGCGAUCACUCUUUUUGCCGAAGGUGCAUCACCAUAGACAUGGAGAUUAACUCCGAUGCCUGCCGGUGUCCAGAGUGUAGAAGCACCUUCACCCGAAGAGAGAUGAGAGAUAACCGGCUCCUGAGGAAUAUUGUCGAAGCUGCUCGAAGACAUCUUGAGGAACACGAAACCCUGAGAAAAAGAGUCGAUAGAACAGCUCCACCGCCUGUGACUCAGAACAACAGUCCAUCUGACCUAAUGUGCCCUAAACACGAUGACGAAAAGCUCAAACUGUUUUGCGAGACGGAUCUAAAGUUGGUCUGUUUUAUCUGUAGAGAGGAAGAUCAGCACCAGGGGCACAAGUUUAAACCCUUAAAGGACGCAGCAGAGAUUAAGAGGACAGAGACAAAAGAAGCACGAGACAUGUUACUUGAGGAGGAUCAAGCUCUGACUGAUCUGAUUCAGAAACAGCGUGAAGAAAUCAGGAUGACUAAGGAGAGGUCCAAAGUCCUCUCAGCUCAGAUCUCUGCUCAGUUUGAGGAGAUGCAUCAGUUCCUGAGAGAGAAGGAAGAGGAGCUGAAGAGGAGAUUAGAGAAGGAGGAGAGGGAAUUAGUGGAUGGGAUGGAGGACACCGUUGGUAGAAUAGAGGAACUCCUAUCAGAUGGAAGGGAGGAACAGGGCGUUUUACUUUCAGCCUUGGAAAUAGACCGAUGUGACAAAUUACUUGUGUGGUGGAGUGAAGAUGGACAAUCACUCGUUGAGGGAAUCCAAUGUGAGAGACUCCCAAAGGCAGAAAGUCUUGUUUCACUUUCUGAAAACCUCUCUCUGGGACCAUAUGAGUCUUAUUUACAGUUCUUUGUUUGGAAGGAGAUGCUGGGAAUCAUUAAACCAGUUCCUCAUCGUCAUAUCCUGGAGGACAAAAAUGACCCUUAUUUAAAGGUCUUCCCAAGUGGACGUGCUGUUCAGCGGACAACCAAAAAGGGUGUGUUUGGUACCAAGAAGGGUGAGACAUCUUUUGCCUUCAUUAAGGAGUCUUUUACACAUGGACAGCAUUACUGGGAGGUGGAGGUUGGAGAGAAGUCAUCAUGGGCUGUAGGCGUGACAGAUCAUGACAAACUCAAUACAGCUCUUGUCUUCACUUCCGAUGAGGGCUAUUGUAUAGGCAAGGAUGAUGAUGAUGAUGAUGAUGACGAUGAAGUGGUUAUGAUAGAUAUCAGAGACAAGCCCAGAAAGAUAGGUGUGUACAUGGAUUGUGACAGAAAUAAAGUUUUGUUUUAUAAUGCAGACAACAUGUCACUCAUUGGCAAGGCAGAAUGUAAUUUAAAAAUGCCUCAUUCACUGUGUCUCUCUCCUGGAAUGUAUCAGGACGGGAGUAACAGCGAUCCCCUUACCAUAUGCUGGUAUUAA